ACAUCCACCAUCCGAUCAAUAAUCGAGUAAGUCGAACGUCUUCAACACAUGUAAAACGUCCCAUCCAUCACUUCUGAUGAUAAUUUACAAGUUUUGAUCUUUCAAUUGACAUCCAAUCCGAGUAGUCACUACACCAUUAAUAUUUCGCCCAGCAACUCACCAUGGCAGAAACCAUGUUAGCAGUCGGUUCGUCUACUUCCUUACCUUAGCUCCCCAAACUUUAUAUCCGGGUAGUUCUAACUUCCCCCAGGAAUAAAAAACUCCCGCGGACCCGCUUCAUCCCUCUUCCAUGAUCGCAUCCCCAAGCCCGUUCCCUCCGCAGGCGAAGCCCUCGUGGCUAUUAAAGCCUUCGGACUCAAUCGAAUGGACCUGAUGCAACGAGAAGGACACUAUCCCGUACCUGCAGGCGCACCUUCAACCCUCGGCGUGGAAUUUAGCGGAGUAAUUCAGUUGCUUGGCCCCGAGAAAGAGGGGUUUGAAGAUAAGAAAGAGGCGUUCAAGGAGGGCGAUGAGGUUUUUGGUCUAGCGUAUGGAGGGGCAUAUGCGGAGUUCAUUGCUGUUAGUACGCAUAUGCUGAUCCACAAGCCUAAGGGGCUGGGAUGGGUUGAGGCGGCUGGAAUUCCCGAGGUGAGUUAUGGUACAUAUCUUGACAGUUACAGUUGCAAGACUAGAGAAUGGGAACUAAUGAGAACUUUCUCCAACAGACCUGGAUUACAGCAACCCAAGCCCUGCAUUUAGUUGGCUGCUUCACACCAGGAAAAUCCGUUCUCUGGCACGCCGGCGCAUCCGCAGUCUCCAUCUCGGGAAUCCAGCUAUCGAAACUCGCGGGUGCCUCGCAAGUUUUCGUCACAGCGGGAUCACAGGAGAAAAUCGAUUUCUGUGUAAGCACUCUAGGAGGAACAGCAGGAUUCAACUAUAAAACCCAAAACUGGUCGCAAGAAAUCAUGGCCGCCACGAAUGGCAAAGGCGUCGACAUAAUCAUCGAUUUUGUUGGGCCCUCCUACUUUCAGGGUAACUUGGAUACUGCGGCGGUUGAUGGGAAAAUCGUGAAUCUUGGGUUCUUGAGCGGAACCAAAUUACAGGCGGGAGUGGACAUUGCGAAGUUUGUGACGAGACGGAUUCGGUUUGAGGGAAGCAGCUUGAGGAGUAGAGACUUGACGUAUCAAGGGAGAUUGAGGGAUAAGCUUGAUGAGUAUCUGGGAGAUUUCGAGAGUGGGAAGUUGAGGAUUUUUGUGGACAAAGUCUUUAAGUGGGAGGAUGUUGUGAAAGCUCAUGAGUAUAUGGAGAAGGAUGCUAGUAUGGGAAAGAUUAUUUGUACAAUUGGGGAGAUCUAA